AUGGCGGCAGAGCUGCCGCCGCCUCCUCAUCGGUCGCCAAAGCUGCUCUUGGUGCUGAUUGAUGGCUGCCGACCAGAUGCCUUGUUGGCAGCAGACGCGCCCAACGCGCGGGCACUGCUUCGGGGCGCGAAGGCUGGUGCCGAACGAUGCGCCUUCUCCCUUCACUCCCAGACAGACCCGGUGCCCAUCUCGGCACCUUCCUGGGCCACGCUGCUCACCGGGCAGCCGGCAAGCGAGCACCGCGUCGCGAGCAACGACCUGGACUCCCUCCUCGUUACAGAUGCGCAGGGGCAAGUUUUCGUGAACGCGGCCCCCUGCUUCUGCCGUUCCCCGCGGGCCUCUGCCUGCUUCGUGUCGGCCUUCAGCGAGGCCAAGCGCCGCCGGGUUGCCGGACCCAAGGCGCUGCCGCCCACGCUGUUCCACCGGGUUGCUGAGCAUGGGGGACAAUGCCGCCUUCUGAAUGUCGGCUGGGCCGGCGUCGCCAAACUCUGCGGAGCAGACCAGGACAGGUUGAGUCUGCUGGGUGGACGCCUCAAGGUCCAGCUCUACCGUGACGAGGCGAGCGAGCUGUCAGUGGCGGUCGCAGACAUCGUGUCCACACUUGAGGACCUUGCUGCGGAUGCGCCGGCGGUCUUGGCGCUGUAUACUCAUACGGUGGACCUGGCUGGCCACAUGCACGGCUUUUCAUUGGAUGUGCCGCAGUAUCUGGAGGCCAUCGAGCACGUCGAUGCUUGCCUAGGCCGCCUCCGUGCGGCUCUGGCUGCCCGACAGGGGCACAAGGCGGAGGACUGGCUCCUGGCCGUAACUACUGACCAUGGUGGAGGUGCCGCGAAGGACAUGCCCAGGGAGCUCUGGUCCUCCUUCGUCGAUUGCGGCUGUCUCCAUCAAGGCGUCUCUCAGGCUGGAUUUGAGGGUGUCCACGGUUUGCAAGACCUGGCGACUCACAGCACACGGUUCCUCAUCCUCGCCGGAUCCGCCGUGAGGCCAGGAGAGCUGACUCCGCCCCCAGCCGCGCUGGAUCUGCUCCCCACGCUGCUGCGCCACCUGCGCUUGCCGAGCGACGACCUCCCGGGGCAGAGCCGAGGUCUCGAGACCACUCGCCCGGUGAUCCCGAGGCGAGCUGGCGGAAAAGUGAACAGGGAAGGCCGGAUCAACGGGGACCUCAACCUGUCCAGAGCCCUUGGGGACUUCUUCUACAAGAAGAACCGGAGGCUGGCGCCCGAGGCGCAGCUGAUCUCGCCACUUCCUGAGGUCCGGUGUCGCCAGCUCAUCGAGCGCGAUCGCUACUUGCUGCUGGGCUGCGACGGCGUUUGGGAGCGGUUUACGAACCAGCAGGUGGCGGACUUCCUGCUGAAAAGGCUCCCAUCUUCGCGUUCCAUCUCCCAGGCGUGCGCCGAGUUUCUUGACAGCUGCUUGGCAGCGAACAGUCAGAACGGAGCGCAAGCCCUAAACCCUAAACCCUAA